AGUAUAUAAAAUUCGAUGUGAUUUAACACUAACUGAUUUUGUACAUUGCAUGUUGCUAUAUAUACCCUUACUUGCCUCUUAAAACAACCAUACAGCUCAGAGAAACAUGAAGACUUAUCUCCUUCUCCUUCUCAUCUUCUCACUUCUCUUAUCAUUUUCCUCCGGUGAGCAAUGCGGUAGUCAAUCCAUACCCGAGGGAGCACUCUGCCCCAACGGUCUAUGCUGCAGCGAGGCUGGAUGGUGCGGCACCACCGAAGCUUACUGCGGGCAUGGUUGUCAAAGCCAGUGCAAUCCUGGUCCCUAUCCUCCUCCUCCAACCCCGCAGUGUGGUCGUCAAUCCAUACCCGCGGGAGCCCUCUGCCCCAACGGUCUAUGCUGUAGCGAGGCUGGAUGGUGCGGCACCACCGAAGCUUACUGCGGGCAUGGUUGCCAAAGCCAGUGCACUCCCAUUCCCACUCCUCCUGCUCCCACUCCCACUCCUCCUACUCCCACUCCUCCUAGUCCUACCCCUCCUGGUCCCACUCCUCCUGGUCCCAGCGGGGAUCUUUCUGGCAUCAUUUCAAGAGAUCAGUUCUAUAAAAUGCUUAAGCACAUGAACGACAAUGAUUGUCAUGCUGUUGGUUUCUUCACUUACGACGCCUUCAUCACCGCCGCUAAGUCUUUCCCAAGUUUCGGGAACACCGGAGACCUUGCCAUGAGGAAGAAGGAGAUAGCAGCCUUCUUCGGCCAGACUUCCCACGAAACCACCGGUGGGUGGUCGGGUGCACCCGAUGGAGCAAAUACAUGGGGCUACUGUUACAAGGAAGAAAUUGACAAAAGCGAUCCCCACUGUGAUAGCAACAACCUCGAGUGGCCAUGCGCACCAGGCAAAUUUUACUACGGACGAGGACCAAUGAUGCUGUCUUGGAACUAUAAUUACGGACCGUGCGGGAGAGACCUAGGACUCGAGUUACUCAAGAACCCAGAUGUUGCGUCCAGCGACCCAGUGAUAGCUUUCAAAACCGCCAUUUGGUUCUGGAUGACUCCUCAAGCUCCUAAACCCUCGUGCCACGACGUAAUCACCGACAAGUGGGAGCCGUCGGCCGCCGACAUUUCAGCCGGAAGGUUACCAGGUUAUGGAGUGAUUACGAAUAUCAUUAACGGUGGAUUAGAGUGUGCUGGUCGCGACGUCGCAAAGGUCCAAGAUCGGAUAUCGUUUUAUACAAGGUACUGUGGCAUGUUUGGUGUUGAUCCUGGAAGUAAUAUUGACUGUGACAAUCAAAGGCCGUUUAAUGAAGGUAGUAACGUUUUCUUGGACGCUGCUAUCUAAUAAUGAGUGUUAAUGCAGCUUUGUUGUAUCAAUGCAAUAAGAGAAUAUCAAACUACAUAAAACUCCUUUUA